UAGUUAUUCUGCGUUUUUGUUGGAGUUCUGUGUUUUGGUGAAUCUGUGUUACGGAGCACACUGUUAUAUAUAAAGCGCUCUGUAACUCAGUAGCGCUCAGUCUGAAUCUGAGUUGAGUUUGGAGGUGGGCUGGGAUAAUGGUGGGCUGAGUUUAGGGGGGUGGGGGUUAUGACAUUAACUAGCGAGUUGAAGGUGCUGCAGACACACCAGAGCUAAACGCUGUUCUCAGCAGCUCGGAUUAACAGGGAUUAUCUCGCCUGGGUUUCUGAGUGACCGCACGUGCGAGGAGGUGUGGAGAGUGAGGCAGGAGUAAGAGGAGAAAAAGCGGUGUAGGAAUGGAAGGAUGGCGUUUAGAGAAGUGGACAUGGAUACUGGAUCUGUGUAGGAGAACUGAUUAUCUGCUGAGAGGAUCCAGAUGCUACUGUGGCUUUCUUGUGGAACUUUCACCAUGUUGAGUGGUCUGACCAAAACUCCUGAGGUAAAAAUAUGGUCACAAACGUUUUAAACAGACUUUAAUGUGUUUUAAUGGACUUUUAUGAAGUUUCAGGGUCAAAACUGUGUCUUUAACAUGGUUGAGUUACUGGAAAAGAAGGAAGUUUGAGCUUUUGGACAUUUUUAAGUUUUUUUGAAACGGACUUUUAACCAAAAAAAAAUUAAUUCUACCAGUCCAUUCUACCACCUACCAAACUGCAAUGCGUUUCAGGACUGGCAUACCUCUUUUGGAAUGAAAAUGUAUGAUAUUGCUGGAGUGGAUAAAACAACUUUUCAAUGGACUUUCAUUGGUAAUACCUCCAUGAUGCAUCAGUGGCUAAAAAUGAAAAAUAAAUUAAAGAAAUCAAGCAAACUGUCAGACUCAUCCAGCCUCUUUGUGUACAGGUCUGGUGGCUGAAAAUGGAAUGAAAUUUAAGUUCAAGAAUGUUUUACUGUCCUUCUGUCAAAAAUCAGCUGGAACUGUUUUACACAUGAGGAGAUCCACGUAUUGGUGGGCGGUGUAAAGAAAGCGCUUUCAAAAAGAGGAAAGAAAAAAAACUCCACAUCUGUUUUAGGGAUCAUGGCUGUUGAGUGCAUAGUGAGGCCUGGGGUUCUGCUCUGUCUCGUCACGCUGGGAUUUUCUUUUUCUGCACUCCACAGUUCCUCAGUGAGGGAGAGUGUAGAGCAAGGCAAACUCCUGGAAGAGAAGCAGAUGCCAUCCUAUGUUCACCCCAACCUCUUCUUUGACCUGUCAGAAGUCCAGAAGCUACGAAAGAAAGCCACCACUACCCACACUCACAUUUUUAAAGUUAUCCAAAAUGCUGUGACCACCAUGCUUGAGAACCCGGAUUUUUACCUGCCUCCGAUGAACUACGAGGACUUUGGAAAGAAGUGGAACGAGAUUUACGGCAACAACCUGCCACCUCUUGCUCUCUACUGUUUGCUGAAACCCGAGGACACUGCUGCAUCCCAGUAUUUAAUAAAAUACAUGGAUCGUAUGUCGGAAUAUCCCAACUGGAUGGUGACUAGUGCUCCACACGAUGAGGUUCCAGUGGCCCACUCCCUUACCGGCUUUGCUACGGCUUAUGACUUCAUUUAUACCUACCUGGACACUAAACGAAGGUACCGCUACCUUGAAAAGAUCCGAGCAGUCACCGAGGAACUCUAUGAACUGUCCAAGCACAGGGGUUGGGGCAAGCAGUUCCUACAGAACCACCAAACUACAAACAUUCUAGCUACUCUUAUUGGAGCUAUUGUGGUUGGUGAGCACAAGGACCCAGAAACCAUGAUAUGGAAGCAGGUUGCAGUGAACUACAUGGAAAAGACUAUGUUCCUGCUGAACCACAUUGUCGAUGGUUCCUUAGACGAAGGUGUGGCCUACGGCAGCUACACAGCCAAAUCCAUCACACAGUAUGUUUUCUUAGCUUCUCGUCAUUUUGACAUAAACAAUAAGAGGAACAACUGGCUGCAUUCUCACUUUAUGUUCUACUACGCUACCUUGCUCCCCGGCUUUCAGAGAACAGUAGGCAUCGCCGACUCCAACUACAACUGGUUCUAUGGACCAGAAAGUCAACUAGUUUUCUUGGACACAUUUGUGCUCAGAAAUGGCUCAGCAAACUGGCUGGCACAGCAAAUCAGAAGGCAUCGACCUAAAGACGGGCCCAUGAUGCCAUCAGUGGCUCAGCGCUGGACGACAUUGCAUACUGAGUUUAUCUGGUAUGACGCAGAGCUUUUGCCCAAACCUCCUCCUGGUUUUGAGAAGGCAGGCAUGCAUGUCUUUUCAAACUGGGGUGUGGUAACUUACGGAGCUGGGUUACCUUACGCCCAAGAUAACACUUUUGUAUCUUUUAAAUCUGGAAAGUUAGGUGGCCGUGCAGUCUACGACAUUGUCCACGCUAAGCCCUACUCAUGGGUAGAAGGCUGGACUAACUUCAACCCAGGGCAUGAACACCCAGAUCAGAACUCUUUCACUUUUGCACCCAAUGGACAGGUCUUUGUUGCUGAGGCUCUAUACGGGCCAAAAUACAGCUAUCUUAACAACGUUCUGGUGUUUGCCCCCUCUCCCACCAGCCAGUGCAAUACACCAUGGGAGGGGCAACUUGGAGAGUGUUCGAAAUGGUUACGAUGGGGAGAAAAGGAAGAAGGAGAUAGUGCUGGUGAAGUGAUUACAGCAUCGUCACACGAGGACACACUGUUUGUUAGUGGAGAAUCUGUGGCAGCCUAUUCUUCUGCCAUGAAGUUGAAGAGUGUGUAUCGGGCUCUGGUUCUGCUCAAUUCUCAGACUUUGAUGGUGUUAGAUCAUGUGGAAAAAGAGGAACAGUCUCCGCUGACUUCGUUUAGCGCCUUUUUCCACAACCUGGACAUUGAUUUGAAAUAUGUGCCUCACAGGUCUUUGGGCAGGUACAAUGGAGCGCUAAUGGAUGUGUGGGAUGCCCAUUAUAAAAUGUUCUGGAUGGACAGUCAGGGAGGGAGUCCACUAGCCAGAAUACAAGAUGUAGAGCAGGUCGCAGAGUUCAAAAAGAGGUGGACGCAAUUCAUAAAUGUCACUUUUCCUCUGGAUGGCUUAGUCGGCAGGGUCGUUUACCUGAUGCAUGGCCCUUUUGUAAAAGUUUCAGACUGCAGGUUCAUUGACAACAACAAAAAUGGAGUUAGGAUAUCGGUUACUCUUAAUGACACAGAGACUACAGUGUCUAUUGCAACAAAUUACAAAGAUAUCGGUGCCAGGCAUAACUAUUUGGGUUUUCCAGGGUUUGCAAAAUCAGAGAGCAAACACAGGAUAAUUCAUUUUGGUCAGGGAAUUCAGGGAACUCAAAUCAGCCAAGAGAAAAAAGGUUCCAGUUUCAACUUCACCUUUGUUUUUGGUGUCAUAGCAGUGUGGAUUCUAUGUUCAGCUAUCAUAUUUUUGACCAUAAAAAGAAAGUUCAGUGUUUCUUUCAGCAAGCUUAUUCGUUUAGUCCUUAUUCCAGUGUUGCUUUUCUGGCUGUUGGAACUUUUGGUAAUGUCCCAUCGAUGCAAGGACGCCUUUUGUGGGAUUGCAUGGCGGGAUGUUAGCGCUUCUGACGAAGCAGUCACAAGAACAGAGAUCCCAAAACCCGAAUCCAUCCUAGUAGAACCUCUUCCAUUCAUACUCAUCACAUCCCUUCCAGGCUCUGGGGCGGAAAUCCUUAAGCACCUUUUUGACAACAGCUCAGACUUUGUUUACCUCAGAAUCCCUUCUGCGUAUCUCCAUGUGCCAGAGACCACGUUUGUUCAGGACUCCCUGGUGGACGCCUGCGAGUGGUCCAGGGUCGAUGCUCAGAGUGGCAAGUUCCUGUCCAUUCAGGGGUGGUUCCAUUCCAUGAUGCAUAACAUGAGAAUGCAUCUACAGAACAUUCAGCUUUUCAAAAGCAAUUCUGAAGCAGGGAGGAAGAGUCACGGCACCAAGACAAAGCGUAGGAAGCUGUUAACGGAGCAGGGGGCAACUACAGAGAAGAGACUAGUGGAUCGGGAUGUGGAGUAUAUCAAGGAACUUCGGCAGCACUUGGUGACUUACCCGAGUGCCUGCCCUGUCCUGAACCUACGGAGUGGGAGCUGGUCUUUAAAACUCCCCUUCGUUCACGAGGUCAUUGGACGCUCAUUCCGCUCAGUCCAAGUGGUGCGAGACCCACGGGCGUGGAUCUACCUGAUGCUGUACAACAGCAAGCCGAGCCUUUACACUCACAUACACGUUAAAAAGCACUUGCUGAACAUUGUGAACCAGAGCAACAGUGAGUCAAGACAGGGCUGCACAAGCUUUGUCCCAGCUUUUCAGCCCCUGCAAAGCGUCCUUUCUCAGCCAGACACAAGCCCAGAGCACCUGCUUGCUCAUCUCUGGCUGGCUCACACCUCCGCCAGCCUCAAAGCAAGCACUGACCUGCCCUCUAACACCUAUCUUAGGGUGAAGUUUGAGGAUGUCGUGCUUUUCCCUGAGGAGACCGCAGUCAGGAUACACAGCUUUCUUGGGAUACCCAUUGCACCAGCCGCCUUAAACCAGCUUGCAUUUGCUACAUCCACAAAUCUGUACAAUCUAGCAUAUGAAGGGGAUAUAUCACCUGAAAAAAUUAACAUAUGGAGGGAAAACUUGGACAAUGAUAAAAUUAGACUUAUCGAGGAUAUUUGCUGGCCUCUGAUGGAGACACUUGGGUACAAACGUCACAGUCAUGCACCAUUUGUAUAACGUUAACUAGAGGGAAAUUCCACUGUUUUUAUUUGUUUUAUAUUUGAAGCCAUAAAAUGUAAACAGAGAUAUUAAGAAAGGUUUGAUGUGAAAUUUUGGAUUGGAGAGAAAUGUAUCAACUUGUUUUUUUUUCUAUAAUCUGCAAUGACAACAACACAAAUAGAGACAUUUGUUUUCUAUCCCAAACUGCCAGCAUACCUUCACAUGAAAAAAUCUUUUAGGGACAGUUUUGCCUUAGAUGGCCCUAUAAGCCCCAUUAUGACUAACCAUAACUGAGGGAUAAAAUAAUAAAAAAGCAAACAAACCAAAAACACAUUUAGGCCAAACUAUUGUUCUGUUCUGGAACGGUUUGUAGAGGUUUUAAGGAUGUUGCAUUGAUGUCUCCUUGUAGAACUUUUGCAGUAGCUUUAUUUUUUUUCUCUAUGGCAGAAAAUUUCACAUCAGACAACUCUGAAUGACUUUGUUUACAUCAACAAUUUAAUUCAGUUUCAUGUUUUUAUUUUAGUUGGUUUCCCCUUGUAAUACCAGCAGAUUCAAAACCAGCUGAUUGCUGCUAGCUUGAUUGCUAUUUGCAAUAAAUCAAGAAUAAUUUGUAAUAAAAUUGUUUUUUU